CUUCCGCCCAGAGUUCAGCGUUUGGUACUCGCUGGGCCUUCCUUCGUUCCCUUGGCAACGAAGUACACAAGUGUGAGCCUUAACCGCGAGCACUAUGUGCCUCAGCAAAGCGGGCGCUGUCAAUGACUACUCCUUUGGAACACGUCAGCAGAGGAAGCUCUUCCCUCUCUACCAUCCUCCAAACCGUUUGGGGAAUUUUUUUCUCCCUCUUAGAGGGUCGCCUCACACAGGGCCUGGGCAUUACAUAUCAGAAGAUUAUGGCCUGGCAUACAAGCUGUCUAAGAUUCCGACCAGUACAAAAGGAUAUGCUCUUGGAGCCAGAACAGCCGUGAGGUUUAAGCCAGUCACUAAGGAUGUGACACCUUGCCCAGGAAAGUACCAAAAGGCAAAAACUUCAGAGGAAAAACACAAACAAAAUUUUGCUGCAUUCAAUGUCUUGAUACCUCGAUCUGGAAAAUGUUCAAAGGACCCUUCUUAUCCUGGUCCUGGCACUUACAACCCAGAGAAGAAGCCACCUCCAAAAGUUGCUUGGCCAAUGAAAUUUGGAUCCCCAGACUGGGCUCAGGUUCCAUGUCUACAGAAAAGAACUCUAAAAGCUGAGCUGUCCACAGACAGAGAGUUUAGAAAGCAUCGGAACCGUGUUGCCUACUUAAAACUGUUUUACAACUGAGAUGUGGUCACUACCUUCAUGCGCUCCUCCUGACCAUAGAAUCUCCAGGAUUGAGGAUAGUGCUGCUCUUCUCUUGCAUUACUGUGGCCCUCUUAUCUGCCAGCCUGGGGCCUAGGGAGGGGCGAAGAAGGGCUCAUAACUACUAUAUCCAAGCAUGAUAAAGACUGAU